GAGAGCGGCGCCGCCGCCGCCAUGCCCGGCUCCCUGCAGGUGCCCUCCCUGGAGGAGCUCGACGUGCAGGAGGUGAAAGUCAGCUCGGCCGUGCUGAAGGCCGCGGCCCACCACUACGGCGCGCAGUGCGACCGCCCCAACAAGGAGUUCAUGCUGUGCCGCUGGGAGGAGAAGGACCCGCGGAAGUGCCUGCGGGAGGGCCGCCAGGUCAACCAGUGCGCCCUCGACUUCUUCAGGAAGAUUAAGACGCACUGUGCGGAGCCAUUUACUGAGUACUGGACGUGCAUUGACUAUACCAACUUGCAGGAGCUCCGUCGAUGCCGAAAGCAGCAGGCAGUAUUUGAUAACUGUGUGCUGGAGAAGUUGGGUUGGGUGAGACCUGAUCUGGGAAUGCUCUCUAAGGUAACUUCAUACCUUUUUGAUUCAGUAGCCAGAUUGUUCUCUCCCUUCUUACAGACAUUUUCUCCAGACCAGGUCUCAAACUCUUCUCCUGGCCAGAAGGUAAUUCGUGAACUUGAUGCUGGAAGCUUGUGGACUUUACUAGAAGUCAAGACUCUGUCAAUGUUCUCCAGCCUUGGGAGUGUAUACAUUCGUUUCCCAGAAGACUUGCACUUUUCUUAGACUUACUUUUUUUUGCUUUUCCUAGCCCAGAGACCUUUCCUUUAGGAGUAAAGCUCACAAACAUGUAGAACUACUCUGUAGUUAUGAGUGAAAUGCCCCUCCCUGCCCUUUUUUUAGAAGUACUCUGGAGACAGGGGCUCUCAUCAGAUCAACAAUGUGUCCUUAGCGUCGUUUGGUACUUGUUGGUAGUUCUUCCUUUAAGUUCUGACUCAGUCUAGCUUUUUCUAUUAAAUGCUGUGAGAACUCAUAUCAUUUCUUCUUUUUUCU